CAUUCCAAUUUCCAGUUGUUGUUUAUGCCGAGUGGUGUUGUCUUGUCACAUACAGGUGGCUUAUGUUUAGUUAGGCUACUUAAUGUUACGAUAACACAAGUAGCCAGUUUUAAAACGAAUGAAUAAGAAAAUAAUUAUUAAUGUUUAUUAUACCGUCAUUAUUCAUACAAAAUAAGGGACGAGCUCAGCAAAUCGAGUAAUGCCAUCGAAAUUACUUCAGGAGAAAUAUUAUGAAGAAGCAAUGGAGACAGUUGUGUUUUCGUAUGUCAGAGGUUCAUGCGAAGCAUCACAUGUACAUGAAAUAAAAGCUGCAUAUGGUGAGGCACUACCAUUAAACGAUGCCAACCAUCUGAGUGAUAAACUUGGAAAAAACAAUGUCUACAUUUUAUCCAAAUUCGUGAAAGUACUCAUUCCCUUAAAACACUGUGAUUCUCGUAAAGUGCUUCAACUGUUAUUUAAAGAGAUCAGUGACAGCUGUACAAACUCAAGUGUGGAUUCAAAACAGUUCAAAGUGGUAGUAUUCAACGGGUGUGCUCAAAGAGUGCAGGAGGCCAUUUCUGAACAUCUUAUCCGGCCAGGUGAUAUUGUGACCUUUCAUCGACCGACAGUCAUGGUUUUGACAAAAACGAUUAAAGAGAAUGGACUCGAGAGGGAGGACAGUGGAGUGUGGAUCGAGAUGGGUGCCGAGGAUAAUCAGCUAAUCAACAUCUGGCAAGCAUUCAGUGACUCUUUUAUUGAUUCUGUCCGGUGCAAAUAUAGCUACAGACAUCUAGAUAUCCAUGACAUGGACUACGUCGGUAGUGAUUACCAUGCAGUGAGGAACCUGCUCCACAUUGUGGCAGAUAGGGGCUUUGUCAUGACCCUCAGAGAAAUUGCAGCUGACAAAUCACAGCAAAAGAAAGUUGCAUUAGCUAGACUGAAAAAAACUCUUAGUUCACCAAAAAACUUUGAUCUAACUGGUGAAGUGAAAAUGCUCUUUAGUGAAAUUUUACUAGAGAAAACCGGACAGACUGUUUUAACUAGCAUAUUCCCUGAAUUUACAGCAAUUUUUAGUGGAGAGCUCGCUAAAGAAUUGCACAAAGCUGUGAUUGAUAGACAUUUAGUACCUGGAGAUAUGGUGGUGUUUUGUCAUCCAAUUUUUGAAAAAGUUACAUCUGCUCCUAUGAAGAUAGAAUUUCUAUCAAAUGAAGAAAAACCUUUUAUUGCACUCAAGUUGCGUCAAUACUCGGACAUGUCAACUGCUUCAAAAGUGACCGGUCUUCAAUUACAUAACCAUAAGUAUAAUCAAAACAGUUCUACUUGUAAUGUAACAAACAAAAUUGAAAGUUUACUUGAGAUUGAAAAUUUUGAGAUUUUAUUGUUUAGGGACUUCAUUAAUGAAGUGAAUAUAUUAGAGUGCAUUUCUAAUUAUAUGGAAAAAUUUGGCACGGUAGAAACUUUGGAAAACCUGUACAAACAAUUAAAUUUUAAUAACAAAAAUGAAAAUGGUGUGAUACUGGCAUAUUUUUUAAAAACUGUUACACCAUUGAAGGAACAAGAUAAACCCAUAAGGGCUAUAAUUUUUCUAAAAGAAAUAUGUUCAGAUCACACAUGGGGUGGAUAUUUUAGACUUGUGUUGCACAACAAACUUGCAGCAGAAGUACAAAAAGCGAUAAAAAGUAAAAAAAUUGUUCGGGGUGAUAUAAUAUCAUUAGUACAUCCUGUCAUACACCUCAAUCCUAAGUACACAAUAAAAGAUUUUGUAGCUGAAGAACCAUUUCUUUUGGAAAUAGGUGGUCGAAGAGACAGAGAAAAAGUUAUCGUUUGCAAACUUAAUCGUAGCUGUUGUAAUUCUAAUGUAAACAAGUCUACUGUGCGAAACUGUGUCCCAAGAAACGUGUCUGUUAACACACAAAAUUUUAAAAAACCAUUCGAUAAAAACAACAGUGUAAGUGAUACAUCAAAAGAAUCAAGUGAGCAUAAAUAUAGUUCUUGUACAAACAACAUUGAUCAGAGAAACUGUGGGCAAAGUAACGAAUCUGUUCAAUCGGUCACCAAAUCAAAUUUUAAAAAACCUCUUGAUAUUGAACAUCUGAGAGGAAAUAGAAAUGCCACUUCAGUAGAACAAGAAAAUAAAGUGCCUAAAUCAUAUAUAAAUCAUAAUUUAUUAGAACUAUGUUGUUUACUAGAAAAUACAGGAAAUUAUGAAAAAGAGAGUUCUAAUAACGUAAAUAGUAUAACAGUAGGUUUAAGUAAAUCUCAAAAUGAGUGUUCCAAGAAGAGAACUUUAAAUAUUGAAGAACACUGUUCAUCUGUAGACAACACAUUGGGUAAAACCUUUCGAUUACAAUCUAAGUGUAUGAAAAGAGAACACAGUAAGGAGACCAUAGAUUCAAAAGUUAUUAAAUCAGUUUUAAGGAGCAUAAAAGGGCCAGCUUUGAGAGAAAUGGAAAACAACUGUGUAUUUCCAGUGUUUGUCACCAAACCAUCUUUGGCAAAUCGCUGGGAUCUCAUCAGUGGUUACUGCUAUGAGAGCUGCCACAACAUGCAUGUCUACUCUGCAAUAAAAUGGGAUUUAACUAAAGAUCCUUUGUGUCCCAGGUGUUUCCUCAAAUUGAGACUAGUUCUGUGUUUUGAAAUGUGUGCUCUCACAUCAACUGGAAGACACGUCAAAUUAUUGCUAGUCGGAGAAGAAGCAGAAAGGAUUUUGAAUGUUAGUUGUGAAAUGUUUCUGAGUUCCGAAAAACAUAGGAAAUCAGCUACAAAGUGUUUGGAAAAGAUUACCUCUAUAAGACUUGAUGAUGGUGAAACAAGAUAUAAAAUAAAACUGUCAGAUGUUACUCAGUGGGAGCUCUAUUGUUAGUUCAACAAAUUGAUUUCUUUGUUCAUUACCAGCAUGAGUUAUUUAUUAUGUUUUAUUGUGAUGUUUCACAUGUGUAUAAUAAUAUAUCAGACUUCUUCUUUCAACUUUAUUUAUAAUAGUGUUCAAUGUUCUAUUUUAAUGUUCAUCGCUUACUUAAAUUAAUAUGUGUGUAAUAUAUCAAACUUAUUUCAACUUUAUUUAUAAUAGAGUUUGAUGUUCUAUUUUAAUGUGCAUGACUUACUUAACUUAAUACAUCUGUUUCACUAUUUUAUUGAA